UUAUAUUUCUACCGUAGAAUACUAUGAGGCUUUUUCUAGGUUGACACUUAGAGAGUUACCCGAAUUUGAUGACUGGAUGCAUAUGAACGCUGUUAGAGUAGAUAUAGAAUCCCCCACCCAUCGCUUGGAAGAUCCGUUGAGCAGAAUCACAUAUCCACGGGCCCCCAAGGGGUGGAUGGUGGUCCAAACUGAUGCGGGGUUUGUAAAGGAGCCUAAGGAGGGAGGGAAAGUUAUUAGUGUUGGGGCCUUUGUUUUUUUCGAUGAGUUGGGUUCUAUUAGGUACUAUGAUACUGUCGUCUUAUCCUGGGUGAGCAAUGUGAAGGAAACUGAGUUUGAGACUAUAAAAUUUGCGAUGUAUGAAGGUGUAAGGAUUGGCAUCAGGAAGCUCUCCGUUUGUACGGAUAACUUUGAAAUUUUGAAGGCAAUUCAAGGUGGCAAUCCAUAUCCCAAAGAUGAAUUUGAUAAGUACAGAGAAGGGAAUGCAGUUGCAGAUCUUCUUGCUAAAUGGAGGAUGGAGAUGAUACGAUACCCCCACACAAAUCCUAUUACAAAUUGGCGAAAGGUAGUCCAAGCAGCCAAGCAUCAGUAUUCUGGCAUGCCGAACUUCAGAAUCCGAUAUUUGAAAAGUAAGUUAUUUUUUUCAAAGGUUAAAAUAUAUAUUUGCCCCUUAAACUAUUCUGAAAUUUUUUACUUCCCCCUUCAACUAAAAAAACGAAAAACGUUACACACUCAGGACAAUCUCUCCAUUCCGUCCAAACCAUGGACAGAAAACUUAACACUCAACCCUACCCUUCAAGUUAGGGACCCAAUCACCACCAUUCCAUAA